AUGAGAAAUCAACAAGAGGAAAACAAUGAGAAUGUUGUAAUUCUGGAAAGUUGGUGUGGCUUGGGUCAGAGAAGAGAGGGUGUUGAGUUGGGAGCUUAUCAUUUACUACAAACACAAUUGUUAAAUCACUUGCCAGUUAUUAAAAUUAAUGAAAAGAGAGAUUCGAAUAGUAAUAGUCCAGAUUAUUCGAAAAGUCCUUCAACAUUGGUAGACAAAGAGGCUGAUGAUAUGGAGAUUUGUCUCAAUCAGAGAAGAGUUGGCUCCUUCAAUCAACAAAUUGCCGAAACAAUCAACACUAUUUUCCAAGUUCAAUCCAAUAAGAAACCAUUUAUAGUAAACAUUGGUGGAGAUCAUUCUGUGGCAAUUGGCUCAAUUUAUGCCAUGUUAAUGGAAUAUCCAGAUUUAAGAGUACUGUGGGUGGAUGCUCAUGCAGACAUUAACACUCCAAAAGAUUCAAUGAGUAAGAAUAUGCAUGGUAUGCCACUUGCUUUCCUCUGUGGUCAAUCAAUUUUGGGAGAGGAAAGAAAUUCACACAUUGGUUUCGAAUGGAUGAAUGAAGAAAUCAAUCUCCUAGUUUCUUCUCGGUUGGCUUACUUGGGUCUUCGAGAUGUCGAUUCUUUCGAACAAGAAAUCUUGAAAAAGUUCAAAAUUCAACACUUUACUGCAAGUGAAAUUCAUCAAUUAGAAAUCGAAUAUUGUUUGGAAGAAUGUUUUUCACACUUGAAUUUAAAUCAAUCAGAAUUUCCAUUAUUUUUGAGUUUUGACGUGGAUGGUAUUGAUCCAGAAUUUACACCAAGUACAGGAACAGCUGUGGAGAAUGGAAUUUCACAUCAGGAUGGAUUAAAGAUUUGUAGAAAAUGUCAAAAAUAUUCGAAAUUUGUUGGAAUGGAUUUGGUAGAGGUGAAUCCAUCGAUUGGAAAUGAAGAACAAGUGAAUAGAACAAUUUCAAAUGCAAUGCAAUAUAUUACCUCAGCCAUUGAAAGAAGAAUUUAA